UUAGUUUGACAUUUGUUUGUUUACAUCACGACAUUUUCAAUUUCAUUGUUAUUUCGAACGUUUUACCGCAAAGUGUUUCAAAAAGUUCACAACCUCUAAACUUAAGUGUUAGCGUAAUAUUUAACUUUUGUGUCGUAACAAACUAAAAUGAAGACAUUAUUUAUUUUACUCUGCGUAAUUAAAUUAAUUUCUGGAACACCUACACCCAUUGUAAUGUGGCAUGGAAUGGGUGACACAUGCUGCCUAAGCUUCAGUUUGGGGGGAAUAAAGGUAUUUCUAGAAAAAAAUAUACCCGGAGUGUAUGUAAACUCAUUGAAGGUUGGCAACUCCUCCAUCGAAGACCUGGAGAAUGGGUACUUCAUGAACCCUAACAAGCAGGUGGAAUAUGUCUGUGGUCUACUGGCUGCAGACCCUCAGCUGAAAGAUGGUUUCAAUGCUAUCGGCUUCUCGCAAGGAAGCCAGUUUCUGCGAGCUGUUGUCCAGCGCUGUGGUCACCUACUACCUAAGAUCAAGAACUUGAUAUCUCUUGGUGGUCAGCAUCAGGGAGUAUAUGGUUUGCCCCACUGUGGAGCCCUGAUGCAUCCUACUUGUGACUACAUCCGACAGCUGCUCAACUAUGCUGCUUAUGAGAACUGGGUCCAAAACGCUCUAGUCCAAGCUACAUACUGGCACGACCCACUAGACGAUGAGGCCUACAUCCACAAAAGUAUUUUCCUUUCGGACAUCAACAACGAAAUCAUGGCGAAUAAGACUUACAUACAGAAUCUGAAUAAUUUGGACCACCUCGUGUUAGUGAAGUUUGACAAUGAUACCAUUGUGCAGCCUAGAGAGACGGAGUGGUUUGGGUAUUAUGAGCCUGGACAGUCGAAGAAGUUGCUGCCCUUGAGGGAGACGAAGAUUUAUACUGAGGAUCGCUUGGGUCUGAAGAAGAUGGACAAAGAAGGCAAGUUGAUUCUCCUAUCGACCGUAGGAGAUCACCUGCGCUUCUCAGACACAUGGUUUAUCGACAACAUUCUCAAACCUUAUCUCCUUAAUUAACUCGUCUAUUACGAGAUUAAAUCUCAUUAACGCGUGUUAAUGAGCUAAUAUUCAUUAAUCUAAGGUCUAGAAGUUUCUAUGAAAUAAGUCGAAUAGCGCUUUAAUUUUACUGAUAAAGAUGAAAGUCUGACUGGAAUCUGUAUUUUAAGUUAUGUAAUUAGAAGAAUCAAAAUGGCUGAUCAACAUAUUUUUUUUGUUAUUUACUAUAAUCUCAUUAUUAUUUAGUGUAAACAAAGAUAAUGAUAUUAUUAUACAAUACUUAGGUUAUGAUACCAGUGCGAUGCUUUAUAUUAUAGUCAUAAGAAUCUCGAAGCAAUAACAUUGUGAUAUCAAGAUUGAUUUUAAUAAAGUUUAUAAGAAGA